CUGGGCUGAGAUCGGUUUUCCCCAGUUUUCUUUCUCUCGGUAACUUGUGAUCUCUAAUUACCUAGCUCUUCCUGUUCACCUCUUCUCUCUCCAUUCGUUUCACCUUAUCUUGGUCCACUUUUUGGACCAAGUAUUCUUGCAACGUCUGACCAUGGAAAAUCGAGGCCCGCAGGUCAGAGCUGUGGCUAUCACGUUCUUAGUUCUUCCAUGGAUUGCUGUUGUAGCACGUUGCUAUGUGCGCAUUCAAAUGAUUAAAUCAUUUGCAGCCGACGACUGGCUUGCCGUGGUUACGUUGCUGCUGCUUACUGUGUAUGCCAGCUUGAUCCUAGCCGGCGUUAGUUGGGGAGUAGGGAAGCAUGUCUUUGAGCUUACAGUGCACCAGCAAGUCACAGCAAUGAAGAUUUGGUAUUGGGGCGAGAACAUAUACAUCAUUACCGCCACCGUUAUGCGGAUAGCAGUAGGAGCCUUCCUUCUCCGCAUCGCUGUCAAAAAGUCGCAUAGAUCGGUCAUAUAUGGACUGCUGGCCAUAAACUUCGUGUUCAAUCUUUACUUCCUCAUCUUUACCAUCUUCCAAUGUACGCCGAUCCGUGGCUUCUGGUCCCGAGCAGCUGGAGAGCAGGCAGACUGCCGUACAAAAAUUGCGGUCGACUCGACAUUUGCUUCGUCCGCUAUAUCGGCGAUUAUCGAUUGGGUUUUUGGAGUCCUUCCGGUGUUCAUCCUCUGGGAUCUAAACGUCUCCACCAAGAAGAAAGUUGGACUGGCUGUGAUCAUGGGUCUCGGCGUGCUUGCAAGCGCAGGACCCCUUGUUCGCAUACCAUACACAAUGUCUUUGACGAGCACGCAUGACUUUCUUUAUGACACUGUUGACGUCGGCUUGUGGUCUUUCGUGGAACCUGGUCUCGGUCUGACCGUCAUCUCAGUUCUUUGUCUACGCCCACUCUUCGUCAAAUUCUUCCGAGCUGCUUGCUCGACUCUCAAGUCUGACGCAAUGUCAAUCAGCGACAUGCCUCCUAGAACCCUAAAAAUGAACGGCUAUGGCAGAGAUCCAGACCAGAACUGGCAAGGACAACGUGUCUCGAUCCAUGGCGCACAAGGAGAUGACAACGGACGCUGGACACCGCAUAGUGAAGACAGCGAAAUCAAAGAGCAUGGAGUGAAGAAUUAUGGUAAGGCUAUCCGUAUGACAUGCGAGAUCAAGUCUGUUACGGAUAUUGACGUUGUCGACGUACGGCCGUCGAGGAUGACACCUCCCGGAUCACAACCGGCUAAAGUUGAGAACUAUGUAUGAAGUAUGAGCGCCUCUGAAAAUUAACGCAUGAGUUUUUAUGGAAACCGUGCAUGUCUACACGAUCCAUGGCGGUCUGAUC